CGCCGUCAGAAUUAGUGUGCCCAUAACUAAAUCUUUAAGCAAGAAAGAAAAGCAAUCGGGCCACAAAGAUGACGCCGACACCACAGGAACACACGGCGCAGGAGGAGAUCUCCACAGCACCGGUGAUUGAUGGCGACAGGAUCGUCAUCUCCGGCAUGUCGGGGCUCUACCCAGACUCCAACAGCGUCAGCGAGUUGUCCCACAUCUUGUACAAUAAGAUAAAUCCUGUGUCGGAAAAAGCGCUGCGUUUCAAGUUCAGUCACCCUGAAGUGGUGCAGCACUCGGGCUCCGUACCAGGACUUAACCAGUUCGAUGCCCAGUUCUUCAAGGUGCACUACCGUCUCGCCAACUGCAUGGACCCCAUGGCUCGUAAAAUCUUGGAGCAGUCGUAUCAGGCUAUCUAUGAUGCCGGUAUAAACCCGGAUGAUUUGUCCGGUAAAAAGAUUGGUGUGUACAUCGGCACGUGCUUCUCUGAAGCUGAGAAGGCUUGCUUCUACGAAGCUGCUUCCCGAUCUGGAUUUGGUAUCGCUGGUUGCAGUAAAACUAUGUUCGCCAACCGUAUUUCUUACUGGCUGAACGCGAAAGGCCCGUCGAUGUCUAUUGACGAGGCCUGCUGCAGCUCCACCGCCGCGCUAGAGCAGGCGUACCUCGCCAUGAGCCGAGGCGACUGUGAAGCUGCUAUUGUUGGAGGUGCUUACUUGUGUCUGCAUCCACAGUCAUCCGUGCAUUACGGAAGAAUCAUGAACUUGUGUCAAGAUGGCAAGACCAAGUCUUUCGAUGAGAAUGCCAAUGGAUGUGCCAAGUCCGAAGCUAUCAACGUGCUGUUCCUACAGAAAGCUAAAGAUGCUUUGAGAGUCUAUGCUAACUUAUUGCAUGCCAAGUCGGAGUUCACUUGCAUUCUUCCUGGUGAAACUGGUCCUCAAUACGGAUUCUAUAGAGACGUCGACAAGUCAGUGUCUUUCAUGCAGAAAUUCUACGAGGAAGCGAGGGUCCCUGCAGAGGCCAUUGAGUAUGUCGAGGCUCUUGGAUGUGCCGUAAAGGAGGCGGAUAAAGUGGAGCUGCAAGCUAUUGAGAAGGUGUUCUGUAACGAUAGGCAAGAUCCUCUCCUCAUCGGCAGUGUGAUGUCCAACAUUGGGUACAAUGAAGCCGCCUCUGGUAUCACUGCCAUCACAAAGGUACUGUUGGGCUACCACACCGGUCAGAUAGCCGCCAAUCUCCACUGCACCAAUCCUCGCCAGGAUGUUGUGGCAAUACGCGAGGGUCGUAUGCGCGUUGUCACGGAGCACGAAAGCUUCCGUCGUACGUACGUCGCCGUCAACGGCAUGUCCGUCACUGGAGUCAACUCACACGUACUGCUGCAUGGACACUACAAGCCUAAGGACCUGAGCCGCUACAAGUCCAGCAUUCCUCACCUGGUGACCAUAUCAGCGAGACACGAACAAGCCGUGACCCACAUAUUGGAGAACUUGAAAUCCAACCCCGUCGACCCUGAACAGCUGAGGCUGUUACAUAACAUUCACUCCAAUAACAUUUCUGGACACUUGGGAAGAGGAUUCAUCAUUCUAGACACAAAUGAAGAACAGAAGACAGUGAGCCUCUCUGAGAAGUCUGAGUACUUCGACAACGCUCGUCGUCCGCUGUGGUUCGUGUACAGUGGUAUGGGCUCCCAAUGGACUGGUAUGGGCACGCAACUCAUGCGUAUACCAAUUUUCGCUGCUGCUAUUGAAAGAUGCCGCAAAGCUUUGGAGCCGAAGGGUAUUGAUAUAGUCGACAUUAUUACAUCAACUGAUGAGAAGACUUUCGACAACAUCCUGCACUCCUUCGUCGGUAUCGCUGCCAUACAAAUCGGUCUCACUGAUAUCCUACGCGAACUCGGACUUAAACCUGAUGGAAUUAUUGGUCACAGUGUAGGAGAAUUGGGUUGCGCGUACGGUGACGGUUGCUUGACUGCAGAAGAGAUGAUUCUGUCUGCGUACAGCCGUGGUCUCGUCUCCCUGGAGACCCCAUUCAUCCGUGGAUCCAUGGCUGCCAUUGGUCUUGGAUAUGAACAGAUCCUGCCUAUGUGCCCACCAGAAAUCCAGGUUGCUUGUCACAACGGACCUGAAUCCAGUACUAUUUCUGGACCUGCUGAGAUCAUGCGCGAGUUCGUGGCAGAGUUGACUGCUCAAGGAAUCUUUGCUAAGGAAGUCCCUUGCUCUAACAUCGCCUAUCAUUCCCGUUACAUCGCUGAAGCUGGUCCCAAACUGCUGGAGUACCUCUCUGAGGUGAUCAAGGACCCGAAACCCCGAAGUGAGCGUUGGAUUUCAUCGUCUGUGCCACAAGAAAGGUGGAACGAACCGAGCGCCAAACUCUGUUCUGCCGAGUACCACACCAACAAUUUACUUAGCCCAGUGUUGUUCGAAGAAACUUCAAGGUUGAUCCCCAAUGACGCCGUGUUGGUGGAGAUUGCUCCCCACGGUCUGCUGCAGGCCAUCCUCAAGCGCUCACUGCACCCGAACUGCAAGAACAUCGCUCUAACCAGGAGGAAGCACCCCGACAAUACUUUCUUGCUCCUUGAGGGUAUUGGCAAGUUGUUCAUGGAGGGCUACAAUCCCAAAAUCAACGUCUUAUACCCAGAAGUGGAGCUGCCAGUAUCUUCUGGCACACCCUUCCUGUCACAUCUAGUCAAAUGGGCUCACGCCGAGAAAUGGCCCAUGCCACUUUUCCGAACAGCCAGUAGGAAGGCAGCCGCUACCUGUGACUACGUGACCUCACUGCAGGAUGUUGAAAGUGCGUACUUACAGGGACAUACGCUGAGAGGACACACAGUGUAUCCGUUCUCGGCAACCUUGAUGCUGGUCUGGGAUAUAUUUGCGAUGACAGUAGGAGUGCCGAGGAAACAGAUUUCCGUGGAGUUCAGAAACUUGCACCUGUUCACGCAGCCCAUAAUGCACGACCAACGUCAGCUGCGUCUCAGCAUGUGCCUUCACAGAGGCGCUGGCAAGUUUGAAAUUCUGAACGAAGAUGUUAAGCUGGCGAUUGGAACCAUUGUGGCUUUAGACCUUGAUGAGUUGAAGAAAACCCAAACCAAAACAGAGGUAGACACCAAGGUCAACAUAGAUCUGACUGCUGACGAUGUUUACCACCUGCUCAGGGACAGAGAUUACUCGUACAGCGGUGAGUUCCGCAGCAUCGAAGGUGUCAAUGCAUCCCUGACGGAGGCUUCGUUGAUAUGGAGGGAUAACUGGGUGACCUUCAUCGAUGGCCUGCUGCAGCUGAACAUGCUGAGACAGAAACAUGAUGGUGUCUCCGUCCCGACACACAUCAGAAACCUGACCAUCAAUGUUCAGAAACACGAGGAAAUUGUUGCUAAAUCCUUCGUCUCUGACUACAAAGUUCUGAUGAAGGCUGAGGUUUUGGAGAAUUUGAACAUGACCAGAUGCGGUGGUGUGUCCAUGUGCAACAUUAAAUUAGAUAACUUACCUCCAAUUGUAAACAAAGACAUGACAUUGAAGGCUUUGAAGUUCGUCCCGAAUUCUCAAACUGCGCUUGAUAUUGCAACUUCAUUAGAAGUUUAUUUACAAACCGUAGCAGAGAAUGUUAAUAAAGUCGAUUUGAAGGUGGUUGGUAUUGUAAAUCAACCAGCAAAAGGAUUAAUGUUUAAUGAAAUAAAUAACGCAAUCAAAAACGUUUUCGGUUUGAAUGUAACCUACGACGAAAUCACACGUGAAGCUGCAAUAAAGAAACCAAACCUACAAGAUUUUGAUCUAGUGCUGGUACAAAACUUGUCUACAGACGAUGGGCUAUGCCAGCUUCUCCACCGUAUUCUGCAAAAGGACCAAUUCUUGAUAAGCGAAGAGGAUCUCAACUUUGGUGGUCGUACUCGCCCAUCCUCGUUGUAUCGAGUGUUCUCCGCCCACAACAUCCAAGAGAACGGCCAGCGACGGUCCCUCCUCCAUCUGAUUCGUUGGGGACCAUCGACCGCAGUAGCUACGGCAACCGUGACCGUGCGAUCAGCCGCAGACAUUCCAUUGCUUGUCUCCACGCGCAAUAAUCUACCCGUAGGACACAGACUCCUGAUCAUUGCACCUUACCCAACAGUACCAGGACUUAAAGAGCUAGUGGCUAAAUGGCGCAAUGAAGCCAGCCGCAACAAAAUCCACCUCAUUAUGGUUGCAAAAGACAGCAAUGAUAGUUUCUAUGUCGAUGAGGUUCCCGACAUCGACCUGGCAUACAACGUCAUGGACAAUGGUAAAUGGGGAGGAGAGUACUACGUGUCAUUGGAGGAGAAACCAGUAGUCAGCAAGAACGUGACACUACAAUGCUCUCAAAUUGGUGAUUACGAUUCACUCACUUGGGUGGAAGCUCCAGAACUCACUAAAUCUGGUGUAGCCGUAAAGGUGCAAUACGCUGGCAUCAAUUACGAUGAUGUUAAAAAAGCAAGUGGAUCAUUGCUGUACAAGGAGAACCUGAAGAAUGCCUUCGGUAUGGACUUCAGUGGAACCACCAAGAGUGGUGAGCGCGUGAUGGGCCUGGUGGCUCACGGCGCGGCGAGCAGCGUGGUGCACGCCCGGCCGGAGCUGCUGUGGCCGGUGCCCGCGCACUGGUCACUCGAGGACGCCGCCACCGUGCCGCUCGCCUACGCACAUGCGCUCUACUGCUUGGGACUGAAAAGUCGUAAGCAGAUUACUAGCGACAUGAGUGUGCUGGUGCACGGUGGAGCUGGCGCUUUCGGUCAGGCUGUCAUAUCCAUAGCCCUGGCAUACGGCUACGAGGUCUUCACCACCGUCAGUGACAUGCGCAAGAAACAUUUCCUACGCAAAUUGUUCCCUGACUUAAAAGCGGAACAUAUCGGUAACUCCCGUGACCACAGCUUUUCUGACAUGGUGAUGAGUGCAACCAGAGGAGCAGGAUGUAACAUUGUCAUCAGUUCUCUGGGAGAAGAGUUGAAGGCGACUUCAAUUAACUGCACAAAGAGUCUGGGUACAUUCAUUGAUACCUCUCAGCUGCACAACCACGAUGUGUUCUCCUACGGAAUGUACAGUUUGACCAUGGACCGCGCCUACUCUGCUGUGGACAUCUCUUCCAUAUAUGACCCCGCGAAUAUUGAGGACGUCAAGCUCCUGCAACGUAUGUUGAGUGAAGGUAUAACUCGUGGCUACGUGCGUCCAUUGUCCCGCGUCACGUAUGCUCCACAAGACGCGCCGAGCGCGUUCCGCUUGGUAGCUGCCAGUAGGCACCGCGGCCGUGUGCUUCUGAAGAUAGGAGAAUCUACACUACCGGCUCAACCCAGGAUCACCUGCAGCGCUGACCGCACCCACCUGAUUAUUUGCAACGAUGACACCUUCGGCCUACAAAUCGGUGACAGACUGGUUGAACGUGGUGCCAAAAAGAUUUGUGUGCAUUACCAGAAACAUUCCAGCUACCUCCAGAUCAAAAUUAGGUCUUGGCAAGAGUCGGGCGUUGAAGUCGUCGUCUUGACUAAUGAAUUGAAAAAAGAGGAUGAUCUUAGUGUUCUACUGAACAAAGCUAAGGCGGUGGGCCCAGUGGAAGGUGUGUACGUGACUGUUGGGGACCAGCAGCGGGUUAUCGACGAAGCCUUCCUCAACAUCCUUGACAAGGCCUCCAGGAAACUUUGCCCCGAAAUUAAAUACUUCGCAGUUCUAAGUACUGGUGAAAACUCAAUCGGAAGGGAAGUAUGUCUUCGUCGUGCUAAGGACAACUUACCGGCGACCAUACUGUCGCUACCAGAGUUGUCAAACUACGUGACUGAAGGUGCAUGGUACCGUGGCGCAACGGAGGCUUUGGAGAGAGCACUGCGUGGCUCGCACAAUGUCGUUCAAGCAACCACGGCGCCUCCCCAGCAAGUCUCGCUGCUGCAGAAAAUUGCUGCCAUUGCUGGUGUAACUAUUGAUGACAAGGUCAACAAACAAACGACUUUCGAAGAAUUAGGCAUUGAGAAGGAACAACUGACAAGAAUCUGCACAUACCUGAGAAUCAAUUACCAGUUGGUCUUCGAAGAGAGCGAUUUGCUGGCUUUGACGAUUGAUGCUAUCGAAAAAUAUGAGAAAGCUAUCACCAAAUCGGAAUUCAAAGAUGAGAAGGGCCUAGCGACGUUCUUCACCAACGUGGACUCUGACGAACUUUUGGCGACGACUGACUUCGUAUUCUUGCCGACGCUUGUAAACGAUGCCGCUAUGAGAGACGACGAAUUCGACUCAAGCCAGACGUAUCUGUGUAUUAUCCCUGGUAUGGAGGGCCACUACGAAAGGUUCCGCGUACUGUGUGAGAGACUCAAGCUGCCGGCGCUGGUGCUGCAGCCUGGACUCGAUCUGUUCAACGAAACUGUACAAGAAACCGCAGAAAGGCUCGCUGAAGUAUUCCUGAAGAAGAUGGGAUUGAGGAACAACUUCUACCUCCUAGGAUAUGAAAGCGGAAUAUUUAUUGCGUUAGAAAUGGCUGAAAUUUUGGAAAAGAAUGGUUUGACUGGAACCGUAUACUGCCUUGGAUUUGCCCCUGACGAGUUCGUGCUCAGACUAGAAGAUCAACUCGCAGAAUAUGAAACUAAAGAGCAACUCCAAGAUGCCGUAGCGAAACACAUGUACUCCAUCAUGACGGAAGGUGACUCCACAGGAGUUGAUGAAGCAUUACAAGCAGCCAGCACUUGGCCGCAGAAAGUGGACGCUUGCGUUAGGAACUUACUCGGUCGUGUAUCGCAUUCAGCUCAGUACGCGCGUGCUCUGAUUGAGUCGGCUCUAAGGCGUAUCGAGGCCACACGUCAUUACGUACCACGCGUGCACGCUCUGCGUUCUCAAAUAGUCCUGAUGCGUGCUGCGUCCUCGCACCCAGCGCCGUCCCCCGCCGCCCUGCAGCGCCACUCACAGCGCCCAGUCAUCGUGCACCAACUGACCGCUCCCCUAGCUCAAGUGACCACUGACCUCAACUGCGCUGUAAUUGUCAACACUUAUUUGGACUCUACACUUCAAGAAAUUUUCGACAACAAGAACCUUUGCAACACGUACCUUAUCAACGCUAACUCUUUCAUGGCUCUUGAUUAAUUUUAUUAACUAUUCAUCAUUUAUUUAUGUCAUACAAUAACCUAAACCAUAAAC